AUGGAAGAGGGAUCCAAAUCACGUUUUACCAAGUUCUCCAAAAGAGAAUCAUUGGUGAUCUUUGCUAUGUCGUUGUUUCUCUUUGGGUUGAUGUUUGUGAGGAUAGAGGUUGUACAUAGGAAGGCAGAGGUGAUGGAAGCAAAACUUGAAAAGCGAAUUCAGCGAAUCGAAGACGAAAUGCAAAUGAAAGUACAGACUAUUGUGAAGGAGAUGUUACUGACAGAGGAAAGAACUACGACAGGACAUUCAAGAGUUUAUGCAAGCAUGGGUAAUAAUAAUAAUAAUAAUAAUAAUAAUAAUAAUAAUAAUAAUAAUAAUCUUUAUUGAGAUGACUUUUUCAUAUAAAAUAUGGUUUUCAAAAAGGAUCUUAUAAAAUUUAAAAAAAAAAUUACAAAAUACACACAAUUCGCCAAGACAUUAAAAAUCUAAAAUAUGUAAAAACUAUUAAAAUGUACAAGAUAUUAACUCCAAUUCAUUUAAAUUACAAAUUUAAAAAGAUUACGUUACGGGUAAGUCUAGAACUACUGUUUUUGAAUAUACAGGACGUAGCACAAGCGCUCAGGAGCACUUACGAUCAGCAUUAACCGCUUGACACAUUAUGAUCUCUAUUAAUCUUAAAUGUCUACCAAAAAAUAAUUCGCCCAAAGAUCGCUUUAAACCAUUUACUAAGUAUCAUGGGGAAUUGUUUAUUGUUGCCGAGGAGAAAAAUCACACAUCCUUUUAAAUUAGGUCAACGACUAGCGUUUUCAUGCAUGAGGUUUAAUGCAGUGGUAUGUCCAAUGUACUAGCUUCAGCUGUGUUUGUAUAAAAUUUAAAUAAAAGUUUCCUAAAGCUUCAGUCAACUUGGUAUAUCAUACGCCCCUCAUCUUCAUCUCUAAAAGUAUGUUUAUCUAAAAUGAUUGUGUUUGUAUGCACGGCGUUAAAACUUAGUCUGUGGGCAAGGACAGAUGUCCGAAUUAACUGUUUUUUUUUUUUUUUUACCGCAAUGGUCAUCAGAGGUCGCGUGAAAUCUGACGGUCAGACGGUGAAUUCCUUUUUUUUUCUUUUUAAACAGAUUUUCAAGAAACCGUAGAAAGCGUUCCAGGUCAGCAUCUACGAGAAAGACGAAAAAUAGCCCCGACAGCUGGUGCAUUAUCUUUACACCAAAUUCGCCAGGAAAUCGACAAGAAAUUCGCACAAGUGUGUAGCACAGCUGAUAAGCUCUGUCAAACAGGUCAACAGGGACCUAAGGGAGAAAAACGUGCCCUUGGAUACCCUGGAUACAAGGGAGAAAAAGGAGCUCCUGGGAAGAGCGGCCCUCGUGGUCCUGAAGGCCUCACGGGAACUCAAGGUAUCAGGGGAAAACAAGGGCCUACAGGGUUGCAGGGAUCCAAGGGAGAGAAAGGUAAAGUAGGAGUUGUUGGUUCUCGUGGAGCAAAAGGAGAUACUGGACUUAUGGGCCCACCAGGCGAAAAAGGCUCUAUUGGAUUUCCAGGAAACAAAGGAAACAGGGGCGUUACUGGUAUUCAAGGACCAAAAGGCGAAUGUGUUGUUCCUCCCAAAAUAUUUGUUUCGCCAGAAUCUCAGUAUCUGUUUCUAAACAAGCCGGCAACGUUUUAUUGUUGGGUUCAAGGUCAAUCGUUUAAGAAAAUAACCUGGCGCAAGUUGGAAGGUAACUUGCUCCGUGACAUAAGUACGACAGAUGGAAUUCUUCAUAUCAAUAAUGUCCAAAGAUCACACGCUGGAUCAUACUUAUGUACAGUCGUCACUAGUUAUGGAAUAUUCCAAGCAGUCACCACUCUAGGAAUAAAAGGUAAGACACCUCUCCUUCCAUGGCUUUAUUGAGGGGCAGUAAUUAUUUUAUGGUACAACACAGAGAGUUAUAAAUGUCUUUUUCCUAUAUUCUUAUAAUACUGUAUAAUUCAAUUUAAGAUACAAUUCCAAUCAAAAUUUGUUUUUUGGAGUUGAAUUCUAAUGACUGGAUUAUAAUGCAAUUGUCUGGAUCGUCUCCAUUUCUCGGGGCCAUCCUCGAUUUCUUUGCUUGUCUCCGUCGUCCUAUUCGGUUUUUUCUUCUCAGCCGUUUUUUGAGUUGAUCGUCACAAAAUACGUUGCGUAAGAGACUGCCGUCUUUCGGAUCGGAUCGCGACAUAGAGGUGUUUGAAUUGGAAACGGCUUAGGCGGUCAAGACGAUAGACCAGGAUUUACGGACUGCAUCUAGCUUAGAUAGGGAAAGAAAAAUUUCUGGGUGAUGUCGUUGCCUCGCAGUGAUGGCAAAGAAAUGCAGUUGAAAAAAUAGAACGCACGUGCAAAAUUGUUGUUUUGCGUUUGUUUCUGACGCGGUUCUCCACAGAUACCCCAAGCUCACGAGUGACAAUCGUUGUUGCGUUACAGAAAUAUUAUAAGGGUUUGUACGGUGAUUUAAGCGAUCGUUAUUCCGGUGUAAAAAAUAACAAUAUAAAUACAUCAGAAAUUCUUACCUUUUCUCCUUGUCUAAAUUUAUGGUGUUUUCUUAGCAUUUUUGGCAGUUUCUGGGCGAUUCCAGGGAGUUUUAGUUCUGCUGUUGUUCGUUACACAAGUAUAUAACUUCAUGCAAACCUUCGUAAUAUUUCUGUUACGCUCACUUGUGAGCUUAAGGUACCUGUGGGUUCUCUUUACUACUUAUUGUUUUGGCAGAGAUUGUCAUUUAAUACUAAGAUAUAUCAGAUACAUCUCUAUCAGAUCUUAAUACACUGAAACCUAAAAAAAAAAUCCUCAUUAUUUCUUUCGCUGAUGCAGCAUCACCGAUAUUUACAAGAAAGCCUCCACCUCAAGUUUUUGCGGCCAUAGGAUCCACCGUGAAGCUCUGUUGUGAGGCAGAUGGUCACGUGGUGUGGUCACGAUCAGGAACAGCUCUUGCUUUGCUCCCAUAUUUCCAGCAGGAUGGAUGCCUCUCCAUAGGAAACGUGAAUGAAGAGAAGGCUGGGGAAUACACUUGUCGUGCAACCAACCAAUUUGGAAUAUCGGAAGUAACGUCUGAAGUAGUUUUUACAGGUGAUGUUAUUUGUCAUAGACGUAAUUUUUUUAACGUCCUGACUCUGUCUAAUGUCAUUUAAAAAAAAAAAACAUGAUGGCAAAGACUUCUGCAUGAAGCAAAAAACGCAAGGCCAUCACGACUGAUCACCGAAUCUUCAUUGCAAGAAUCGUUCUGAGUCGGGGCUCUUUAUUAUUGUUUACGUCAUAAUAUUCUGUUUCUUUUAAAAUAGCCACUAACGUCAUAAGUGAGUUUUCUUCAAGUUUUAUGUCCACAAAUGAGUACUCUUUCAGCAACAAAAAUACAUAUAAAGUGAACUGAUUAAGGUAUAAUAGUUGUGGUAGAGGCAAAGAAUUAACCUUUUCUUUCAAUUGUGGGUUUAAUUAACAAUUUGGGUGGCAUAAAUUAACGCCGAUGACGUUAUGCAUCUCAUUAAGAAAGGAUGAUGUCAUAGUUUAUUUUCAGUUAGCAUGGAGCAAGUGACGUCAGAAUACCCUAGGGUGACGUCAUCAAAAAAUGUUGAGAUCAUAAUCUAUAAAUGGAAAAUGAUAUCAUGUCCCUGUUUGCUCAUGAUGAUGUCAUAAUUUAUCCAGGUAUGAUGAUGCAAUAGUUAAUUUUAAGUUGCAAUGAAAUCUUCUCAAAAUUUAACUUUUCCGAUAAUUAUUUUGUCAAGUGCGCGUACAUUUCUCAACCAAAAGACGAUAAAAAUGUGUAAAAAAGGUAGAUUGCUUUUUAAGUCACAGUCCUUAAUUAAAUCAUCCAUUUAUCUCAUAGUACUCAAAAGUGCGAAAAAGAGGGUUAGGCGAAUGCGAUUUCGUACUGAUUUUUCGUGCAAAACAUGAAAACGAGGUCAGAGCGCUUGGUAACUGAAAAUAAACUAUGACAUCAUCCUUUCUUAAUGAGGUGCAUGACGUCUUCGGCGUUAAUAUAUGUCACUCAAAAAGUUAAUCAAAUCCACAAAGAAAAGGUCAAUUCUGUGCCUAUACCGCUACUUAUAAUCGGGUGAUAAUAAGCAAAAAUUAACCAACACUUACAUAAUUACAAUGUUUUUCCAACUAAAGGCAUGUUCUGCAUGUUGUCAGCCUGAAAAACUACCCCACCUCGAACUCACAAAAAAAUUUUUGACGAUGGCUCAAUCACUCUUAUAUUGAUUUUUAUUUUAAGUGGCUAAUGGAAGCAUUUUUGUGUCGACUUAUUUCAACAUAUGUUCGCUCCGCAGUCGUUUAAUGCCGUACCAGAUUCGUGCCACCUUGAUAAGAAGGAAAUGAUUGAAGAAUCAUCGUAGUUCAUGGAAAAUAUAUUCAUUUGGUGUAUGUUACUGAAACACCCACAAUAAACAAAUUGAAUAGAAAACAGAAAAAUAUUCCAAGAAAAAAACAAAAUAUUUUUAAAAAGAAUAACGAAUGUUUAACUUGGGUGAAUAACCAGCGAAAGGUCUUAGUUAAGGUUAACAUAUGCAGUAGGGAGGUGGAUGGAGGUUUGUACACAAAGAGUAGCUGAGAAACAGUAAAUGUGUCCUAAGCCACUUUUCAGAGUGCAUGUUAUUGUUCAGUUCUGUUUUGGCGGUCUUCUUAUUUUUAAUCAUGUUUUUUCGCUUAAACAAAAACUGCCUCAUGAAGGCGGUGUAAUUGAAAUGACCUUCUAGAUAGUUUUGUAUUAUUUAUCUUUCAGGGUGUACAGGUCAAUCCUUCCAGGUACAAUUUAACUUUUUAUACAGUAUAUUUAUAUCUAGAAUAAUUAUAAUUUACAUUUUAGAAAAACUUAUAAAUCUUCCAUGGAGGCUUUCAAAAGAGUGAAUUUUUUUUUGCAACCACGUCAACUUCAUACGAAAACUGUUACUUUCAUAAUGUAUAGAUUUAGCAUGGGAAAGAGCGCAGCGAAGCUCCAGUUAAUAUACUUAUAAACAAAAAAAGAAAAUGGUGUAAUGCUUAAGGUACGGAAAAACGGGCAACAAAAAAAGUGCAGCUGGUCUUGCAACAUUGCUGCAAAACGAGUUGAAUAGCAGCUAAUACCGAUGAUGGGCUUUUUACCACCCACGUUCAAACCUGUCAACAACCUGAUUUGUUGCAUGUCAGGUUUGAUGUGGGUGGUAAAACGCGCAACAUCGCUAUUCAACUCGUUUUGCUACAAUGUUGCAAGACAAGUUGCACGUUUUUUGUUGCUCGUUUUUCCGUACCUUUAGGUGAUGUUAGACAAGACGAUUCGCAACGACGAUUUUUAGCGCAACACAGCGUUGCAACAUUGUUGCGAUGUUGUUUCGAAUUGUUACAACAUUGUACCAACAUUGCAACGUUGUGUUGCCCUAAAAAUUGUCGUUGCAAAUCGUCUCGUGGGCGACGGCAAUGAGAACAGCAUCAAAAUCAACAGAUCUAAUGAGCAAAAAAAAUACAAAUUUGCAUGUGCGGCGCACUUUUUUGUACAUUUCUUUGCGGUUGUUUUGCACGACUAAAACGUGAAACUCCUUUGUUACACAUCAUUUUUUCGAGGAAUUGUCGUAUAUGUGAUCACCAAAAAUUUUGUUGCUUGUGCUCCUGUUCGCUUUGUUUUCACUGCCGCUCAUUUUUCACCUCGCUGGCCGCCAGUAUUUCUCAUUUUCUCACUGCCGCUUUGGAAUUGUCAUAUUUUUCUUCCAACGAAAUUCGUCUCCUUUGUUUUCAAUCACUCACUUUAGCUUUUUCUCUGUUAUCCACCUGAGUGUAGCCGUCAUGUUGAAACACAGACCAUGCAGACUGCAGACUGUGCAGACCGUGCAGACUGUGCAGACUGUGCAGACUGAGUGUUAUUUUUUUGCUUGUACCUUAAUUUUCUAGUAAAAUUUUUACUAUAGCUUACUGCUUCCUCUCAUUAUGUGCACUGUGCACCACCAUCGUAAGUGCACUGAUGUGUACCUGCAAGGGUCAUGGGUAGGAAAUGAGAAAAUCACGGGCUCAUGUUUACUGGCAGAUGUAAAAGCAGUUUCGCGUGCUUUUAGCUGCGCCGCGUUCACGCAGGAGCGAAGGACACUCUUGAGAAUCGAAUAAAGAAUCGAAUAAAAAAAAUACAUAAACAAAAGUCUUACCCGAAUCUUCCCAGCUAACAACGAUGACGUCGGUAUCUGUAAGAUUUGCAAGUCACCGGUUUGAAUUACAGAGUGAAACCAAAAACGAUCAUCAACAAUCAAGGAAAUUGAGGAAAUGUCUCUCUCUUAGCCGUUGUAGGAAGCCGAAAAGGGUUUUAUUUUAAGUCACUUAACCUGAAAGAGCUUCUUAAUUCUACUAAAAAAAUGAAUAAUCGUGGCAAUAUAAUGCAGUUACAGAAAGAAACAGCUUACCUUCCUCCAUCGUGCUCACUCCUUCGGGAAACUACAGUAAAGAUUUUACUAGAAAAUUAAGGUACAAGUAAAAAAAAAAAAAUAAUAACACUCAGUCUGCACAGUCUGCACAGUCUGCACGGUCUGCAGUCUGCAGUCUGCAGUCUGGAUGGUCUGCGUUUCAACCGGAGUGUAGACAUCAAAAAUAACGUCGAAAAAGACUCGACAUUGUUUUUGUUUUUUUUCCUCUCUAAACUCCGGGUGGUCAUGCGAUUUCCUGCCAAAUAAAACCCUGAGUUGCAUUUCGGCUGCCAUACCUGUUGAUUGAGUUAUUUUACAUUGGUGUACCUGUGGUGCGGACGGACGGGCGGGCGGACAAACGGUCACGUGACUAAUUAGUCAAAACUUUUUGAUUUUUUUUCCCUGACAGGGCCGUGAGCUCUUUAAGAAAGCGCAAGGAAUUUACAUUAAUCAGGGAGUCUAAAAAUGCUAGAUAAUACUGCACUGUUUAGUGUUUAACAGUCCAGAAUAUCCCUAAAUUUAAGGACAGGGCCAGGGACGGGUCACGCGACACUUUUCAACCAAUGAGAAGGCGCGCUUGUGUUAAUCAAAGCAUCGCCCCAGUGAUGAAAAAUUUUCACAACAGCGGACGGAGUCGCACAGAUUUUAAGAUGAGCUUACAGUACUCGUCUAGGUUUCACAAUUAAUAUUUCAAAUAAAACAUUUCAUGUAAGAAAAUAAGAGUCUUAUUCAUUGCAAGGAAUCAUUGGGGUGUUCGAACUGAUUCCGGACCGAUCGCAGAGGUCGUGCGGCUUCACUGGCAUGGAUCGCAAGAUUUUUGAUAGAGGCAAUCUGGUCCCGUGUAAAAAUAGCCUUAGAGAGAGUGUGAAAAUUUGAUGAGAUCGUACCAAACAGAAUUGGUACUACAUAUUAACUUCUACAUAGCAAGAAUCAGAGAACCAGUCAACAUAACGAGAAUAAAAGGUAGUUCAAAUUUAUUAAUUUUUCUCGUUUGUUUUUUGGCGUUGUUUCGUGUUGACUUCACGCAUCUGGUGCUUUCUUUGCUUGCCAGUCGUACCUGCAAUGUUUUAAUUUUAUCCCAGAUAAUCAGUGCAUGUUCAAUGAGUAGCGAAAUACACUAUUUACAGUUGAAAGUUUCCUUUUUUCUUUAAUUUUUUAAACUGUGAAUGAACAUUUGGAGAAUUCAACAACAAUAAAUCUCUCCAGAUUUGGCAAAUUUCAGAAACAAAGCGGUUAGUAUCUACCUUGCGCUUAUGAUCUUCAAUUUUAUUCCCGCAAAUUCGGCAAAGUGAGGCGAGAUGUUGGACGUGGAUAUCCAUAAGAGUAAUAAAGUUGUUGGCCUUGAAAAGAAAAAAGACAAAGGCUUGCACUGAAUGCGAAAAAAAGUAAUAACAGUCGGCUCUGUGAGAAACCCGAGAGGGAUAAAAAGUACGUGCUUUGGACCUCAGGAUCCAAAAAUUGUCUACCAAAAUUCUAGGUUGUCUACCAUCCCCAUACAUUCAACAUGGUAAAAGUUAAUCAAUAUGACAAUCGAGGAAAAAUAUCUAGAACUUCGUAAAAAAUCUGUGAAUCGAAAAAAAAAAUAGAUACUUGUUCACGUUCCUUGAAAACCGACCAAAAUCACGCCUACGUCGCGUGUUUAAAAGUAGAAAUAAGCCACAAAAUGUGCUGAAUAUUUCACGAGACUUAACAAAAAUUGUGUAUGCCUCAUGAAAAGUCUUAAAAAUAUGCCUGAGAGCCUCGAAACCGUGACUGUGGUCGUUUAGGUAAUCUAUACACCAUUUUACUCGGGAACAAUGACGUCACAGCUGUCCUUGAAUUUAGGGAUAUUCCGGACUGUUUAAACAUUAUAUAAAAGAUACUAAAAAAAAAAAGAAGAAGAAGAAAAACAACAACAACAACAACAACAAAAAAACAGCUAGAACAUUGUAUUGCUAUCAAAAUUUUAGUGUUUAGUGUUCAACCGCCAAGUUAAAGCUGGAAUCCUUCGUGGAAUAGGUUUCUUGUGAAUCAUAUCGCGGUGCCUUUACUAAACACAGUUUAUUUGUGAAACCAUAUUUUCCUCAUUGCAAUUUAUUCAGAAUUUUUCUCUGUCCUGAUUGGCCUCAUUCCCCGACUAAUUGUUCUUAACCGGCUAUCGCUGAUCAAAAUUUAGAAGACGUUUGCGUGAUUCGGACGUCAAUAGUACUGCUAUUUCCCGAAAAAGAGAUAGCAUAAGACGCCUAAGGGACCAGGUUGCGUAAGCUCAGUUGUUUUGUAAAUAGUUAAAGGAAAUGGCGGACAAUUUAACACAUAGUCGAGCUAAAAACAUAGCAAGAACAGACAACUCAACGGAUAUCAACUGCUAUUUUUGGAAUAUCAUGCUACACUAAAUAUUCCUUUAUAUCCUGAAUUUCCCGAGAAUAUGUUCUAAAGUAUGAAAUGUUUUGAAUGAAUGAUGAAACAAUUAAUAUUGGAUUUGGCUUUCUUAUAUGGGUCUCUUACGAUCUGAAGAUUUAUGCAGAUCUCGGAGGAUGUUAUCUGCCAAGGCCGAAGGCAUAAUUCUUUACAUCAUGUUCAGUCACAUCUAAUAGCUGUUAACUUUUGAGGUGAUUAUCUGUUGGUUUGCAGUCAUGAUAUCAAAUUAUCAGGUGAUUCUCUCAAAGUUCUUAUUUCCCUACUGCACGGUUUUGAGAGUUCUUCCUUUUGAUCAGGAUAUUUAUGUCAUUUUCUUCCCUUUUAGAGCCACUGUCAAUCGGGCUGGUUAUUGAUUGCUCGGUUCUCCAAUAAUGACGGCAAAAAUUGGAUGAAAAACAGUGGGGACUGGUGGUAUGACCAACGAAAUGCUGCUGGAACAACAAGUAAUCCGUCAGUUAACGCUGACAUGAUCUCAUCAUCAUUUUGGCAAGUCAAAGGGGGGGAGUUUAAAAUCACGCGCUGUGAUGACUCCAGUCACACGCCCCUGUUGCAGACCACAGGGAACUGUUUGGGUGGACAAACAUUUCGAUCAAAAAUCACAAGUUAUGGCGACUUCAGAAACGGCAAGGUUUGGUCCAGUAACAGGUGCCUGGGAAGCUGCACGGUUCAAUAUGGCGGACAGUACAAGACAACAGACGGGUUUCAACAGGCUGAGUGUAGUGGCAACAUCCAAAGUAGCAACAAGAUAGGCUUCUGGUGUGACUGGGGUGGUGGUGAUGGAUCGGUGAUUAUGAUUGGUGGAGGAGGAAGUGGCUGUAAUCGUGCUGAUCAUGGGAUUGGAAUCACAGAAACAGGGGCUGCUUGUUUUGUUGAAGCUGGCAGCACUGAAACUGAAUAUGACUUUGGAUAUGACGCUGUGACAGGGACACUUCGAUCCCACAGCUACUCAUUAAACCUGUGGAUCCGCUGA